GGGACAUUAGAGUAUAGAUUUCUGAUGCAAGUCAUAGAAGAAUUUUUACGCUUGCGAAGGGAAGGAAAGGGUGAAGAGGCGUACCAGCUUUUGGCACCCGGCGCUUCUUUCGGUUGCCCAUGGGGAGGGAUGCAUCAUGGAAAACGAAUUCGUGAACUUUUAACGGAUGAAAGAAAUUUUGUGAGGAAGGGUUAUCUUAACUCUGUGCCUAUUGAGAAAAUUGCGGAAGGCACUUUCCAACGGAAAUUCAAGUGGAACCGAGGAAUGGAGGAACAUGGUAAUUAUGGCCUAGAGUUCUUUUUUUUAAUGCCUCUCUGGCGAGAGAUCUAUUUCGUAGAAAACGGAAAAAUCAAACUAGUUACAGCUGACAAAUUUUUAAAAUGUCACUCAAUUUUUCAUAUCUUAGGAUUCACUUAACUCAUCUCUUCCCGAACGCUUUUCGACCAUUAAAAAUAUUUUUAGUGUUUUUAUUCUUUUUCUAUUAUUCUAUCAAACAUUAUUGUUCUUGUAGAUAUUUUACAUCGGUAUGCAUUAAGGACAAUUUCUCGAAUUUUGCCAUUUAUGAUACUUUAGUAGCAAUUUUAGGUAAUAAUAA